AUGACCAAUGAGACAGUGGUGUGGACGGAUUCGAUGCGUGAAGUGCUGAUCAAAUCGGUGCAACGGCAGGAGUGCAUUUGGAAUUUCUCGAAUGCCGAUUAUCGAAAUGCGGCCAAAAAACGCCAGAUUUUCUGGGAUAUUGCCGAAGAGAUGUCCGCGAUUUUUGGUAUCCCACUCAAAGGUACGCACACAAGUCGACAGUGGCAGCAUCUGCGUGAUCAGUACAGACGCGCCAAACGGCGUAUGGAAUUAUCGAAUGUCAACGGACAGAUAAAGCCGUGGCGUUUUAUGCAGAUGUUGAAAUUUACCGAUGCAACAGACAUCGCUGAAGCAAAUGAUCCAAUGUAA